CUAUGCUCCGGUGUGUAUGUGUGUCAGACGCUCGGGUCGUACGAGAUGAUAUUGUUUGUGUUAGUGGGUAGAUAGCUGUAUUGGCGUUUUGUUUAUUGUUGUUGGGUGUUUUUAGAGCACGUUUUCGCGUCGCUGGUUUUCGGUGAUGUUGUGAUGGCGGCGGACAGGGACGGCAGGACAGGGCUUGUUGUUAGCUUCGUCGUGAGUGACAGUGAGCCCGCUGAGUCAAUGACAGAUGUCAUCUCUCCCAGAACAAAGAGCAAAACUGCAGCCCGCAGGCACGCCCGCUAGACACACACACACACACACACACGCACGCACGCACACACACGCACACACAUACACAUACACAUACACACACAAACACAAACACACACACACACAACUUCAGCUACUUCUUUUUUUUUUGCACAGUUUGCCAUCUCUUGCUAACGCGUAGUUAGCUAUCACCUAGUAACGGUAACUAUCAAAGAAUAUAAAAGCACUGUGAGCGUGCGAGAUGUCAAGCUGUCUUGGGGUUAGCAGAGGAAAUCGUGCGCUUAUCUAGCUGGCUGGUUAUUCCAGAUUACCAAUUUAACGUUAGCUAAGACGCCCCCAGCACACCGAGAGAGCUGCAUCCAGGAGAGGUGAGAGUACCGAGGCUCUUUGCAGCUUUUUUCCCCCCCUCAGUGUUAUAAUGGAGACGGAUGACGAUGUACCCCUCAUCCUCACCUGGGACGACGCGAACAGCGGUCUGCUCAGCGAGGACACCGAGAGAGGAGAUGAGAAUGGAGGAGGCAAUUAUGACAUAGUGAACAACGCUGUAAUUCCAACACCUGGACCACAAAACUGCAGAGCCCAAAAUGUGUCCUUACGCCACAGCUGGGAGAUGAACUACCAAGAGGCAGCCAUUUACUUGCAGGAAGGGGAGAACAAUGAUAAGUUCUUCACCCACCCUCGAAACCCAAAGGCGCUGGCAGCAUACCUGUUUGCCCAUAACCACCUGUUCUACAUGAUGGAGCUGUUGACAGGCCUUCUGUUGAUGGUGCUGUCGCUGUGUGAGGCUCCCGCUGUGCCAUCGCUACGCCUGGAUGUCUAUGUUCAUGCCACUCUGGAACUGCUGGCUUUGGUCAUGGUGGCAUUUGAACUGUGCAUGAAGCUCCGCUGGCUAGGCUUCCACACCUUCAUUCGACACAAGAGGACCAUGGUCAAGACGUGCGUGUUGCUGCUACAGUUUGUGGAGGCCAUUGUGGUUCUGAUCAGACAGACGUCUCACCUGCGAGUUACCAGAGCGCUCAGACCUAUAUUCCUGGUGGACUGUAGAUACUGUGGUGCCGUGCGCAGAAACUUGCGUCAGAUCUUCCAGUCCCUUCCCCCUUUUAUUGACAUCCUGCUACUGCUGCUCUUCUUCAUGGUUAUAUUUGCUAUCUUGGGUUUCUGCCUCUUCUCUCCGAACACCGCUGACCCGUACUUCAACACCCUGGAGAACAGCAUCGUCAGUCUAUUUGUGCUGCUGACCACAGCAAAUUUCCCUGAUGUAAUGAUGCCAGCGUACUCCAGAAACCGCUGGUCCUGUGUGUUCUUCAUUGUUUACCUCUCCAUAGAACUCUACUUCAUCAUGAAUCUGCUCCUGGCAGUGGUGUUUGAUACUUUCAACGGUGUUGAGAAGAUGAAGUUCAAGUCUCUGUUGCUUCACAAACGCUCAGCCAUCGACCAUGCCUUUCAGCUGUUAGUGAGCCGACAGAGGCCCAUGGGUGUCUCCCUGAAGCAGUUUGAUGGCCUGAUGCGCUUUUACAGGCCACGCAUGUCUGCUAGAGACCGCUUCCUCACAUAUAAAGCUCUGAACACUUCAGGGGCUCCUAUGCUCAGUCUACAGGACUUUUAUAAGUUCUAUGAAGUCAUUGGCCUUAAAUGGAAGGCCCGAAGGAGUGGAGAGCACUGGUUUGAUGACCUUCCACACACGACCUUCCUCAUUUUCAAAGGCAUUAACCUGCUGGUGAAGUCAAAAGCCUUCCAAUAUGCAAUGUAUGUGGUUGUGGCUGUCAAUGGUGUGUGGAUCCUUGUGGAGACGUACAUGCUGAACAGUGGAUUUUCCUGGUCCAGAUUUGUUCCAUGGAGUUACAUUGUCUUCCUUACUAUUUAUGGUGUGGAAGUGUUAUUGAAGAUAACUGGCUUUGGGCCAGUGGCCUAUUUCAGCUCUGGGUGGAAUCUGUUUGACUUCUCAGUGACGGUGUUUGCCUUCCUGGGCUUGAUUGCUCUUGCCUUCGAUAUGGAGCCGUUCUACUUUAUUGUAGUGCUCAGACCACUUCAGCUGCUCAGGUUAUUUAAGAUAAAGCAGAGGUAUCGCAAUGUGUUGGAUACGAUGUUUGAGCUCUUCCCCAGGAUGGCAAGUCUGGGCUUGACCUUAAUCAUCUUUUACUACUCCUUUGCCAUCGUUGGGAUGGAGUUCUUUGCCGAAGUGGUUUACCCCAACUGCUGCAACACCAGCACAGUGGCAGACUCCUACAGACAGAUCAACGUCACAAUAGGCAACAAGACAGUGCUGGAGGAAGGCUACUAUUAUCUCAAUAACUUCAACAACAUACUCAGCAGCUUUGUGACUCUGUUUGAACUGACUGUUGUCAACAACUGGUACAUCACCAUGGAAGGAGUGACCUCCAUGACAACCCACUGGAGCCGGCUCUAUUUCAUGACUUUUUACAUUGUCACCAUGGUGGUGAUGACCAUCAUUGUGGCUUUUAUUCUGGAUGCCUUUGUGUUCCGUAUGAACUACAGCCGCAAGAACAGGGAACCGCUGGAGAACCCAGAGGAUGAGAACGGGAUAGUAUUUGAAACAGAGGUGAGUCGUGAUGAAGCUUUGGCCACUCUAGAACUAUACAAACAGACCUGCCCUGGGCCGUCCUCCCUCAACUCUCUGCAGGGAGUCCUACAAGCUAUGGACAGGAGCGGGCACUCGUCUCUGGUGUAUCUCGGUCGAAGGUCAAGGACUAAGAGCGACCUCAGCAUGAAAAUGUACGAGGAGGAGAUCCAGGAGUGGUACGCCGAGUAUUCAAGGGAAAACCUGCCACAGCCAGACCAAAGCCUGGAGCGGGAGCUGGACAGUCCCAUCUUUGACCCGUCUCCCUCUGCAGAGCCUCAGCUCAUUGCACAGACUGGGCCCCACAGCAUCAACUAA